AUUCUUCAAGCAGCUAGGGAUGGAAACGCGCCGCUUUCUUCCGAAAUGGAGGCACUCGUGCGGUUGUCCGUUCCAGAUGCUAACACAUGCACCCUACCAGCUGCUGUUGAGCGUGCUACCAGGGAGUUUUCCAGUGAGCUCGCAUAUCUGACGCUGCGGCCUCAAGCAGAAGCAGACCUUGAGCUAGCACCAGUAGCUUUUCUUGCUGGAUACGUUGUGAGAGCAUGUGAGAAAAAGGUGCCAUGCGAGUCGUGCAAUGCCCUGCUGCAAACAGCAGAAGCGACAGGACCACUCCACGGUCUCAUCAAAAACAUGGACAAUGGGGGCUUGGCGUACCCAAGGAUGGAAGUGGUCGGGCUUUGCAAGCUCACCUGCACCUUUGUUCAGCGUGUCAUGAAGGCAGACGACGUCAGAAAAAGCAGCAAGUUGUGCCACAUUCUGAUGUCAGCCUUGCUACCACAUCUCACUCACUGUGGGCAUUUCAUGUGUGAAAAAAAACGACCACGCUCACACUGAGGAGCUCUUCAAGGUAUUCUUUAAAAAGUUGCUGCGGCCUCUUAUAGCCAAUUGGGCUGGUAAUGCAAGUGCAACUGUAGAGCGAGUCCUGACGUUGUCGCAUAAACCUCUGUCAAGGAAAGUUUUCCGCCUGUGAAUAAGCUCUUCGUUAGUUACAAUAAAAU